UUUUAAUGUAGUGUUUGUGUUUAAUGACCUUCUCUAGGAUGAGCACAUCUUGUUAAAGGUGUAUGGGUUAUUUAGAUAGCUUAGCGCUCGGGGUUUAGCUAGCCUUGGUUUGUUUAUCUUCAUAGCUAGCUAUUCAGCACGCUGGUUCCACACAUUACGUGUUAAUUUCGCUGAGUAGACAGGUGAAAAUGGCUCAAUGAAAGAGUGCAACAGAGGUAUGGUCGCCAUAAAAGGUUCCUGUCAAUGAUAAUGCCUCCAAGGAAGAGACCCCUCAUUCCUGUCAGCGCAAGACGGCGGCCAAAAGGUGAUGACGAUUACUUCCCCUUCAACCUGCUGCCAGUGGAGUGUCAGCUCCAUGUGCUUUCAUUCCUGAGUGAGGUGGACAAGUGUAACUCAGCGCUUGUGUGCUCUAGCUGGAGCUGCCUGGUGCGCUCUGGGAAACUGUGGAGAGUUGCAGACUAUUCUCGCCGUGGAGUCUUCCGUCUUGGACAGGAGGGACUACUCGUUUCCAACAGAGAAUUUGAGCGCUGGAAGGCAUGGGUUCACCAUUAUACUCACCAUCUAAUAUCUCGUGGGGCUAGUCUGCUUACUCUUAAAGCAAGCUUUGAUUUGGGGGACCAGUGCAAUAAAUGGGGAGAACUCCUCUCUCACCUGCUGGAGAAUGUCCACUGUAGGGAUCUCAGUCAUUUAGACUUGAACUGGACCUUCACUCUGCUGGAGCCGUUGGACCUCCGAGUCCAUUCUGGUUCUAGCUCACACCAGGAUGUCAUCACUAAAAUGGACCAAGUUAAUAAUUUCCAGAUCCUUUUAGCCAAACUAGCCCAGAGCUGCCCUCGAAUCACCAAGAUGCGGCUGCACUUUGAUUGGUCUGACAAGUCAGUAGCUUUAAUAGCUCAGUUUCAACACUUGCGCAUUUUGGAACUUAAGUACUUCUGGGUCUUUAAAGGGGUGAGCCCAAGCACCUUGCAGACACUGACUAAAUCUUUGCCUAACCUCAAGUCCCUUACUCUCAAUGUUCUAGUGCCACUUCGGAAUUUGGGCAUUUCAUACACUCUUGAAUCACUGUCCCUGGAGUUCCUUGAUGUCUCCCUCAGCCGAGGUCUAGUCUUCUCUUGCCUCAAACUGCCUGCGCUGAGAGAGUUGCGGGCUAAAAAGAUUGUACGGGGGAUUACUCUAGACCGCCGGACCAGGCUGCGAAUCCAGAGCAGGUGGCCUUGCCUGUAUCAGGUCUUGCGGGAGGGGACACCCAAGCUACAGGUGCUCAACAAUGAACGACUCCUUCCAAACUGGAAAGAGCAGACUUACGACGAGCUCACUUCUAUUCUCCAGCAGUCUUGUUACUGCCUGCAGCAUCUGGACAAUUGGAUCUGGUAAACAAACUGUCAGAAAUAACAGCACAAACCUUUCCAGACCUGUUGAUGCAAGGAUGUUGAGAAUCACUUGUGAAACUGAUAAACACCUGUCGCCAUUUAUUAAACAUGUAUAAUGUUUCACAACGCAAUAAGCCACCCUAAAAGUGAAAGAGAUAAUAUGACGUGAGGUCAUUUGUUUUUUAAAUUUCUGAUCAAAUACUUCUGGUCAAUAACAAAAUAUGAUAGCUAUGUGAGGACUAGCUACAAGUUUAGUUUUAUCUGGUAAAUGAAAUUGCCCUGUUCAAAUGUAUAAAAAGAGAUAAAAACAUAUAACAUGGGGGAUGGAAAGCAAUGCGUGGUCCAGAGCUUGUAUAUUACUCUCAGUGGCUCAAUACAGAGGCCUUGGAGAAUGGGUAUUUGCCAUCUUGUUUUGUUUAAAUAUGUUUUUGCAUACCAACCAGAAAAGCAGUGAAGGUAUUUAAAAGGAAUGUGGUGUAAUGUAAACCAGGCCUAAAUAUUUCCAAGAUUUGCGAACAAUAAUUUUACUGUUUUCUUUUUUAAAUUUCUAUUUUAAAAUUCCCUUCUAAAUUUUUCCUAUAGGAUAACCCAUGUGGUUGACUAUGCAGCAGGCCACUAAUAGGAUAAAGCUAACAUGCCAGAAUCUCAUUAAACAUUUAUUUUUAAACAUUGCUUUAAUCAGAUAUCAGUCUUAAUCUUUUUAAAAUUGGGGAUUUAUCAUGCGUCAGACUGACCAUUAUGUUCACAAUGACAUUACAGUUUACAAAGUUUUGUUAAAUCAUUCUUUUUCUCAAAUUUAACACAAAAUGAGUUAGUAAGUCUGUAAUUUGUUUUUUGAAAGUGGUGGUUCACAGACUUGCAAAACUUCCAAAGAUCUAAAGGACCAAGUGAUGUGAAAUGUUUGUCAUAUAUUGCAUAUAUCCACCCCAUACACACACCCACCCACAGAUAAUUGCUUCUUUUCCAUACAUCAAAUGUUUAUGCAUAGAGAGAGCCAGUCUUAUAUGUGUAGUGCUUCAUACUUAUCCAUAGAGGUCCUCUUAGCUUCAGGUUUUGUACUACCAUAUCAGCAUUUUCCUCUGUGCUUAUUACCCUAAUUUAUUAGUUUGCAACUUGCACUGAUUUUUUUUUAAGGCAAUCAACUAAUUCAGUGGUUAUUGAAUUGUUAAAGACUGCCAGAAUAAAAUUGACUGGUUUGACUGUC